AUGGCGGUGGGAACACGCAAACGAGUGGUGGUUGUCGGCCUGGGCAUGGUCGGCAUCAGCUUUAUAGAGAAACUCCUGAAGCUCGACGCGAGGGCACGAGAAUACAACAUCACAGUCGUCGGCGAGGAGAAGCAUGUGGCCUACAACCGUGUCGGUCUCACUACCUUCUUCGAGCACCGAAAAGUCGAGAAACUGUACCUGAACCCAUUAGACUGGUACGAAAGCAUCCUCGACGGGGCCCUGAGCUACCACACCAACACCAAAGUCACCAAGAUUGACCGGUCGAGGAAAACAAUCUCGUGCGCAGACGGCGCCGAGAUCGAGUACGACAUCCUCGUUCUCGCCACGGGCUCCGACGCCGUCCUCCCCCAGUUCAUCCCCAACUACGAUGCCACGGGCGUCUUCGUCUACAGGACGGUCGACGACCUCGAGAAGCUGAUCGAUUGGUCAGCGAGCCAAAAAGGCUCCGUCGGUGCGGUGGUGGGCGGCGGCCUGUUGGGCCUGGAAGCCGCCAAGGCACUGCUGGACCUGGAAUGCUACAGCAACGUCAAGGUGCUUGAGCGCAACGGCUGGGUGCUCAGCCGCCAGCUGGAUGCCGACGCCGGCGGCAUGGUCGUGGAGCAAGUCCGCAGCCUGGGCGUCGACGUCAUGCUCAAGAAGAGCGUUGCAUCGAUUGAGGUCGAUGAGGAGCGCCGGGUCACGGGCGUCAAGCUUGUCGACGGCGAGUCCUUUGCCUGCUCGACGCUAUGCUUUGCCAUCGGUGUCAAGCCCAGGGACGAGCUGGGCCGGGAGGCCGGUCUCAGGUGCGCAGACCGGACUGGCGGUAUUAUUGUAGACAACCAGCUCCGGACCAGCGACCCGGACAUCUACGCGAUUGGCGAGUGCGCGAGCUGGGAGGGCCAGACAUUCGGGCUGAUCGCCCCCGGCGUCGAGAUGGCCGACGUCUUGUCCUUCAACCUGACCCAAGCAAAGCACCACCAGCCCAGGCUGUACAAGCAGCCUGACCUGAGCACCAAGCUUAAGCUGCUGGGUGUCGAGGUGGCCAGCUUCGGCGACUACUUUGCCGACAUCCAUGGGCCCAAGUUCCUCCCGGCCAAGGUGAAGAGGGCCAGCAGGGCGAACGGAGCCAACGGCACCAACAAGACCGACGACGUGUCGUCCACCCCGGUCAAGGCCCUGACCUACAAAGACCCCUUCCAGAACGUUUACAAAAAAUACAUCUUCACCAUGGACGGCAAGUACCUGCUCGGCGGCAUGAUGAUUGGCGACACCAGGGACUACGUCAAGCUGGUGCCCAUAGUCAAGAACCAGAAGGAGCUCGAGAUCCCGCCGGCCGAGCUCAUCCUGGGCGCCAAGAAGGAGGGCGGCGACGACGGCGACGACCUCGACGAUGACACGCAGAUCUGCAGCUGCCACAACGUGACCAAGGGCGACGUGGUCAAGGUGGUCAAGGACGGCAGCUGCAAGUCGAUCGGCGACGUCAAGACGUGCACCAAGGCCGGCACGGGCUGCGGCGGCUGCCUGCCCCUGGUCACGUCCAUCUUCAACAAGACCAUGAGGGACAUGGGCAACGAGGUCAAGAACCACUUGUGCCCGCACUUCAACUACAGCCGCGCCGACUUGUACAACAUCAUCAUGGUCAAGCGCCUCCGCACGCUGCCCGAGGUCAUGAGGGAGGCUGGUACCGACCCGGACAGCCUGGGCUGCGAGGUGUGCAAGCCGUGCCUGGCCAGCAUCUUCGCCAGCCUGUGGAACAAGCACGUCAUGGACAAGCCGCACCACGGCCUGCAGGACACCAACGACCGCUAUCUGGGCAACAUCCAGCGCAACGGCACCUACAGCGUCGUGCCGCGCAUGGCCGGCGGCGAGAUCACGCCCGACAAGCUGCUCGCCAUCGCCCAGGUGGCCAAGGACUACAACCUGUACACCAAGAUCACGGGCGGCCAGCGCAUCGACAUGUUUGGCGCCAAGAAGCAGGACCUGCUUCACAUUUGGAAGCGCCUUGUCGACGCCGGCAUGGAGAGCGGCCACGCCUACGCCAAGUCGCUGCGCACCGUCAAGAGCUGCGUCGGCACUACCUGGUGCCGCUUCGGCGUCGGUGACAGCGUCGGCAUGGCAGUCCGUCUCGAGGAGCGCUACAAGAGCAUCCGCGCACCGCACAAGAUCAAGGGCGGCGUCAGCGGCUGCGUCCGCGAGUGCGCCGAAGCCCAGAACAAGGACUUUGGCCUCAUCGCUACCGACAAGGGCUUUAACAUCCUCGUUGCCGGCAACGGCGGCGCCAAGCCCAAGCACUGCGAGCUCCUGGCCAAAGACGUCCCGCCAACCGAGGUCAUCCCCAUCCUGGACCGCUACUUGAUGUUCUACAUCCGCACCGCCGACAAGCUCCAGCGCACCGCCCGCUGGCUGGAAAGCCUGCCCGGGGGCAUCAACUACCUCCGCUCCGUGAUCCUCGACGACAGCCUCGGCAUCUGCGCCUCCCUCGAAGCGCAAAUGCAAGAGCUCGUCGACAGCUACUUCGACGAGUGGGCCGAAGCCAUCAACAACCCGUCCAUCGCCGCCAAGUUCACCCAGUUCGCCAACACGACCGAGACGCUCGAGACCAUGGACACGGAACAAGACCGGCUCCAGACCCGGCCCGUCAUGUGGCCCAAGGAGUCUGUCACGGACGACUUCGCGUCGCUGCGCAGCCGCUGGUCUGAGACGACCUGGCAACCCGUCCUCGAAGCGUCCUACUUCCGCGGCGCCGACAGCCUCCCCAACGGCAUCAGCGCGACCAUCAAGCGCGGCGACACGCAACUGGCCGUGUGGCGCUUCAAGGGCCGGUACUACGGCACGCAGCAAAUGUGCCCGCACAAGCGCGCCUUUGUGCUCUCGGACUCGCUCGUCGGCGAGGACCCACCAACACAACAACAACAACAACAACAACAAGAAGGGGAAAAAGAAGAAAAACCCGCCCCUUGGAUCUCCUGCCCGCACCACAAGCGCAACUUCAGUCUGACCUCGGGCGCCUGCAAGUCCGACGCCGACCUCUCCAUCGCCACCUUUGACGUCGAGGAGCGCCCCGACGGCAUGGUCUACAUGAAGCUGCCGCCCGUGGAGGAGCUCGACGCGGCCCUGGGGACCAAGAAGUGGAUGGUCAAGAAGGGCGAGGCCGGGCCCGGCCAGUUCGCCGAGGUCGACAAGAAGAUUGGCUUUGUGGGCCAGCGGGCCAAGAAGGUCGGUGUCAAGCCCGUUGGGGGUCUGAAUGGCAAUGUGGGCAUGCGCAAGGGGGUCGAGUUGAUGGCUGUUUCGAAUGGGAACGGUGGUGGGUGUGGGGGGGCGCCGGAGUGGUAA